AUGAAAUGGGUGGAGAAGUUAUUCUAUAGAAUCCCAAUUUUUGUGUUACGCGAUGAUGUGAAGUACGAUUCAUUCGUUAUAAGCAGUGACAAAGAUCUGCAAGUUCUGUUCCAUUGUCGUCUUCAGUUUUUCGAGGUGAGGACCCCAGAGCUGUUAGUGAAGCUUGUGGAUGUGUUAUCUAGUUUUGGAGAUUCAAACCAGAAUCCUCAAUCUUCAGCACAUCCAGCAUGCUCUAGUUCCAUGCCUGUUGGUGCCUCCUUAGUUGUGCCGGUGAUUAUACCUGAGGCUGUUUUAGUUGCUUCUCCAUCCUUUGCAGCUAAUCUGAACCGCAGUGGUGAUGCAGGAGUUGGUGCGACUGGACAAUUGGGGGAGGUUGCGAUUGCGAUGCCCAGUACUCCUGUUAUGGUCCCUAUUUUCGGAGAGGAUGGAGUACCGGAUGGGAUUGAGGAUGCACUGCAUGAUGAUGAUGAUGAUGUGGAGUCUGCCACAGUAGCUGAUGAUAGUGACGAUGACAUACCACAUACCACUCCAGUUGAUAAAGAGGAGAUCAUGUUAAGUGUAAAGACUUAUAGCAUCCGCCGUGGGGUUGAAUACAAGGUGUUGGAGUCCGACCAUCGCAAGUACUAUGGCAAGUGGAAGGAGUUCGGCAACGAUUGCACAUGGCUCAUUCGGGUUAGCCUCCGCCAGCACAGAGCUGAUGCUGCUGUCUCGAUCAAGAUUACGAUGUCAGGUAGUGUCACGGUUUUGAGGAUGAAUCCUGUGCAGUUUGGUGGGCAAGUGGAUGAGUCUUCAGCUUAUUUCCAUCGACUUUUUUGUACAUUCCUACCGUAUAUCAAGGCCUUAUGUCAUUGCAAGCCGUUGGUUGAUGACCACGAAUUCACUCCCCAUAAAAAAUGA